GGGAAGCUGUCUGCGACCGCGGCGGCGGCGGCUGCGGCGGGCGAGCGUCAGCACCGGACUCGGCCCCUUUCGUGCAGCUGUGAAUUCCAUUACAAAAUUGAUGAAAGGCAUCAUCGUAGCCUGUCUUCACAGAUAAAAGAUGGGUGGAUUAUUUUCCCGAUGGAGGGCAAAACCUUCAACAGUAGAAGUUCUGGAAAAUAUAGAUAAGGAAAUCCAAGCAUUAGAAGAAUUUAGAGAGAAAAAUCAAAGAUUACAGAAACUGUGGGUUGGAAGGUUACUCCUCUACUCCUCACUCCUUUACCUGUUUACUUGCAUAGUGGUAUACUUGUGGUAUCUUCCAGAUGAAUUUACAGCAAGACUCACUAUGACACUCCCGUUUUUUGCAUUUCCAUUGAUCAUAUGGACCAUAAGAACAGCACUUAUUUUCUUCUUUUCCAAGAGAACAGAAAGAAAUAAUGAAGCAUUGGAUGACUUAAAAUCACAGAAGAAAAAAAUACUUGAAGAAGUCAUGGAAAAAGAAACUUACAAGACUGCUAAAUUAAUUCUUGAAAGGUUUGAUCCAGAAUCAAGGAAGGCAAAGGAGCUUGAGCCAUCAUCUUUAGGAGCAGCUGCAAUUGCAAGGCCUGGACAAGAAAUCCGUCAGCGGACUACAGCUCAAAGAAACCUUUCUCCAUCAACACCAGCAAGUCCGAACCAAGGAUCACCUCUACAAGUUCCAGGAUCUCCCGGUCCACAGAAGGAUACUUCAGCUCCUGGUGGACCACCAGAAAGAGCCGGUGCUCCAGCCUUGCAGUCAAAUGUGUUACCAAGGCGUCUUGGAUCCCCUGCUACUUCAGUGCCUGGAAUGGGUCUUCAUCCUCCUGGUCCACCUUUAGCAAGACCCAUUCUCCCUCGAGAAAGAGGUGCUCUGGAUAGAAUUGUUGAGUAUCUAGUUGGUGAUGGUCCACAGAACAGGUAUGCUCUUAUAUGUCAGCAGUGUUUUUCUCAUAAUGGCAUGGCUUUGAAGGAAGAGUUUGAAUACAUUGCAUUUCGAUGUGCAUAUUGUUUCUUCCUGAAUCCUGCAAGAAAAACUAGACCUCAGGCUCCAAGACUUCCAGAGUUCAGUUUUGAGAAGAGACAGCUUUUGGAAGGACAGAGUUCUAUUGGUCCUCAGCAACUAGGAAGUACAAUUUCACAAGAGAAUCAAUUUACUGAAGAGUCUUUAGAAGAACAAGAUGUAGCUAUUAAUUACACAAAUCAGACAGAUGAAAAAGCAUCAGAUACAGAGCAGACAAGUCAAACAAAUGAAAAAGCAUCUGGUCCAACAGAACAAGAAGACAGCAUAGCAGGGGAGGCUGAAAGUAAAGAAACUACAGUUAAUGAAGCCAAAUCUACAAAUUCUAAUGCUGAUUCUACUGCUGUUGAUGAACCAAAUGGAGAGUCUUUGAUGGAAAUUGAGUAAAUGCUUCCAAGUGCCUUCAACUAGAUCUUUGUAACUUUAUUGGUGUCAGCUAUUGCUUUCCAGGUGGUGUUUCUUUUUUUUUGGUUUUUUGUUUUUUUUUGGUUGGUUGGUUUCAGUUUUUUAACGGUCCAUUUGGUAUCUGAGCUCUGACUGCCUAGCUAUUUCAGUCUGUCAAAUCUAUCUACUAGGUAUUUAAAGUUGAAAGGGUAUGCUAUCAGUGCAAUAAAACCCUAUAGAAUGUGCAAAGAUUAGCAUUAUGACAGCUUCUUCUAAACAUAUUUUGGCCACUUUAAGCAAAUGUGAUAGCAAGUUUGUUUUCUCAUACACAUGACCUGUAAAUAAUAUCUAUUUUGUCAGAGGAAGAACUUUGAUUAGGAAGAACUAUUACAGCAUUUGGUUUAAAGAAUGAAAAUCUUUUAGGAUUCUUAAUACUUUAACAUUAAAAAAUGGAUGGAAUUUUUCAACUGUAGAUAUUUGCUGGAUAAAGUGUAUAUUUAGGCACUCAUCUUUGAACCGUAUAAAGUUAUUCUGUAACUGUAACUAUAGACAUUGUUGCAUAAAUAUUUUUAAUAAGAAUACAGUUGAAAAGUCAAAUGCAGUAUUUCUUUUGAUGUCACUCACUUUUGAUGUCACUUACUUUGCGGAUGGGCCAAAGGCCCAUGUUUAUGUAUCUAGCUAGUGUUUACAUGAAGACAAAAUAGAAAAUUUCUCUACAUUUGAUUGUACUUGAAUGCUGACCAUUAUUUAUACUUGUAUGUUAAUGAUGUAAGUGAAUUUUUGUGCCUUUGUGUGUGUAUUUUGUUAAGGAAAAUAAAGACUUACCUAGCAGCAUUUAAAAAAUUUUAAUUUUUGUUAAACAUUGAGAGUUUCUGAAACAGCCUUUGGACAUGUGCUUUCAUCAAACUAUGAAAUUUCAUAAUGUGAAAAACUCUGAGUUGAUAAGUCUUCAGGCUAUUUGUUCUUUUUUUAGGGAAUGUUUGUGUUUAAAUUAGUUGCUUUUAAAUUUUGGAAAAAAAUAAAAUGAAGCGUAUAUUUAUUUCAUCAUCUUCUAAAUCCUUUUAAUCUAGCAUAGGCAGAGUUCGCCUAGCAUGGUUAAUUGGUUCCAUAGUAACACAUUUUAGGUAAAACAACAUCAUGAAAGCCAGUUAUAGGACUAGAACUGAGCAGAAUAGAAAGCAGGAGCUACCCAGGUAGCAAGCAGGAGCUAUUUAGGUAAAAACUUUAUAGUGGAGUUUGGUUAUAAUGUUCUAACAGUUUGUAAUACUCUUAAUUUAUUUGGAAGCAUUAGCAAAAUAUGAAUCCUCAUGCCUCUAGAUCAGAAGUUACAUUUUUAAGACAUUAAGAAUACUUCAGUGCCACUUGGAGCUAUGUGCUUUGGUAAGAAAGUUUAUUACUAUGAUAACAGAUAGUUACUUGCUGGGACUUGGGUCACAGUUUCCUACAAUGUUACUGAGGAUUAAAUGGGGAAAAGAUGAAUAUAAAUAAUUCCUUAAGAUUAAAACGUGGAAACAGAUAGUUCCAAGGUCUUGAAUAGAGUUUUUACUCUAAGAUUAAAGUUGUUAUUUCUUGUUUCCUUGUAGAUCUUAAAAAAUACUAAAUCCUUUUGGUGCCAGCUGAUUGUCAAAAAGAGUUGAAGUGAAGCUGUUAUACAAAAUUGAAUGUAUUCAGUAUAUGUAACAGCUGUUUCCUAAAUUGUACACAUAUGCCUCAUUAAAAACUGAA